AUGGCUCUGGAGUUCAUAAAUUCAAGCCGCGGGAAGCCUCUCUUGAAGAUCGACGAGCACCUGUUCCGUAAGGAUCGUGAAAACGACGGGAAAACGAACUGGCGUUGUAUAGUCAAGCAAUGCAAGUCUCGAGUGAAAACCUGCAACGGCGGACAUGAUGGACCAAGUGAACACAUGCAUCCGCCCAGCCCGGUGGGCAUCGAGGUUCGCCGUAAGAUGAAUGAACUUCGUUCGUAUGCGGUAAAGAAUGUUUCUGCAUCGAACGCAACGAUCAUCGGGAACCUAGUCAGCACAGUAGAUUCUGAAGCCGUGAAAGGGGAAAUGCCAAACAUCAACUUGAUGCGCCAGCGGAUAACGUAUGCUAGAGCAGCUGCAGGACCGUCGCUCCCGGUAAAUCCGCUCCGGCGAGAGGACUUGGAAAUCCCGGAGUUUCUGAAGACGACCUUCCGCGGCGAACGAUUCGUCCACUACGAUUCCGGAGUAGGAGACGUGAACAGAAUUAUCGUUUUCGCCACGGCAAAGAAUCUCGAGCUCUUAAAAAUGAGUCCUGAGUGGUUCGUAGAUGGUACCUUUAAGGUUUGUCCACUCAUCUUCCAUCAGCUCUACACAUUCCAUGUAAGAUUGCCCGACGGUAAAACGGUGCCGGUUGUUUACUCACUGUUGCCAGCGAAGAACGCUCAGACCUAUCGCAGACUACUGCAAAUUCUCCUCGAUGCGAUCGACGGAUUUCAUCCGGACGCCAUCCACAUUGACUUCGAACUGGCAAUGAUCAGAGAGCUUGAAAAAGUCUUUCCAGCUGCUGGCAUUCUCGGAUGCUCAUUUCACUUCUGUCAAUGUAUAUGGCGACGCGUGCAGAACGAUAGCGAGCUGAGAGCUAACUACCUGCGCGAUGCCGAUUUUGCUCUGGGUUUACGAAUGUUUCCGGCCCUCUCUUAUGUUCCGGUAGAUCAAGUACGCGAUCUCUUUGCUACGCUGACCGAUUCCGAUUUCGUCCGAACGAACGAGGCACUGCUCACUGAUUUCAUAAAUUAUUUUGAAAGUCAAUGGGUCGGCUGGAACAGAAACCCACCGACGAUGAAAGUGGAGUGGUGGAAUGUUCAUUCUUCAACGCUCAAUUCUAUGGGACGAACGAAUAACGAAGUUGAGGGAUGGCAUUCCGCUUUCGCGAGAAGAGUCGGAUCCUCUCACCCGUCAGUGUUCAAAUUGUUAGAACACCUGAAGGUUGAGCAAGGAAAAGUUGAGUUCAUUGCUUCCAACUCUCUGGCUCAGGGCAUUGGCACCACAUCGAAGAAGAAAUACCGGGACCGUCAAGCAAGGAUCUACGCAUUGGUUUCAACGUAUGAGGCACGUGAUAGCCUCCAGUUCCUCCGUGCAAUCGCACACAAUAUCACGUUUUAA